AUGCAGAUCACAUCUUUUUCUAUCGCUCUUAUCCUCACCCUUACGACUCCUUUAGAGGCUGAUUCAGUGACUUCAAUUCUUACCAACAACAGUAGGACCAACUACAACCCUAGCUCAAGUGGAGCGAUCGCAAACCGAUCGUUAUUAAUGGAAGACAUACCAUUGAUACGGCUCACCCGCGAUUUGCUUGCCAAGGAUAGGUAUGACACUCGAGUGCGACCGAUUAUCGACCAUACAAAGACGUUGAAGGUCCAUAUCAGCAUCUCUUUAUAUCAGAUUAUUGAAGUGGAUGAACCUUCGCAGAAUAUCAAGUUGAAUGUAUGGAUGAUCCAAAAAUGGAAGGACGAAUACUUAACAUGGGAUCCACGUGAUUAUGGCAUGAUCAACUCAACGAUUAUUCCGUACAAAUAUUUAUGGAUUCCGGACACUUAUCUGUAUAACAGCGUGAAGAUGAGCCGCGAUGAAACCGAACGGUACAUGAAUAUCCAGGUGGAGUCGAAUCACUGGAAGGGCGAAAACGGUUCACAGAUGUCUUUCCUUUACCCGGCUAUAUACACCAUCACAUGCAGACUAAACAUCAGAUUCUUCCCAUAUGAUCGACAGAACUGCACCUUGACUAUAUCAAGUUGGACCAAUUCGAAGUCAGCUUUAGACUACUAUGCCGAUCCAGAAGUGAAUCUUGCCUCCUUCAUACCUAACGAGGAAUGGGAUGUCAAGUCUUUCAAAAUCUUUCGACAUGAGUACAAAUACGCCUGCUGUGCGGAACCAUGGGUGAUUCUCCAAGCAUCACUUGUAAUCCAAAGGAAGCCCUUGUACUACAUUGUAAAUCUGAUCAUCCCUACAUCUAUAAUUACCAUCGUUUCUAUCACUGGAUUCUUCACACCAGCUUCGACUGACGACGAUAGAACGGAGAAAAUUAACUUAGGAAUCACUACAUUACUGGCGAUGUCCAUCUUAAUGUUGAUGGUAUCCGAUCAGAUGCCUACAACAAGCGAGUUCGUCCCAUUGAUAGCAUGGUUUUAUCUCUCCAUCAUUAUCAUUGUAUCCAUUGGAACCUUCCUCACCAGCGUGGUCUUAUCCGUUCAAAGUCGACGGCAGUAUGGGCGAAAUCCGCCUCUCUAUGUGCGCUACUAUUUCUUCGUUAUAAUACCUUCUUUCCUGUACGUCAGCGUUCCGCCAGCACUUGAGAAACUAUGGUCUGAACUGAAUGACGAUCCACUGAAUGUUUGGAGGAGAAAGAAGGCCAACACUUUGGAGAAGACAGCAUCUCUGUACAAGGAGCGAUAUCCAAAAUCGCCACUGCUUGAACGGCAAUCUACCUUGCGGGUACCCAAAGUAGGCUUGGAUAGAUUCAAUUCAAUCCAAAUGAUCGACGUCUCAGUGCCGCCAUCGCCAGCCGCAUCUAAGCUUUCUAGGACACCGUCCGGAAUACAGUCACAAAGGCCUACAUUGUGGGAUGGUGCCAUGAGUGCUCUUGCAGGUACAAAUACCCAGCUCCGACGUACAUCGGCAGCAUUUUCGCGGGAGGUAGAUGCGAUGCGAAGAAAGCGGCAGUGCUCCUUAGAAUGGGAAUUUCUAGCAACUGUUCUUGAUAGGUUUCUUCUGCUGCUGUUCAUUGCAGCCGUUAUUUUGAUCACAAUGGGGAUGGUGGUGGUCGGGAAAAUGGCUCAGUUUAGUUACGACAAUCCUGAUGCGACAUUCUUUUGA